AUGACGGCUGGACAAUUUCGAGUAUUUUUUCUUGGAUAUUUUAAGGAUAGAAAAAUUGCUUUUGCAAUUGAAAGUCAUGAUUUAUGGUUGCCCAUGCAAAGCCAGGGCUUCAAAAGAGGGUGUGAGUUAAGGGGAGCCGAACUCGGUGAUGUCAGCGUGUUGAGGAAAAUGCCCAAUGUUGAAGUUCUAGCGUUCAGCAUUAACAAGAUCCGUACGCUGGUGGACUUUGCGGGGUGUCGCCGCCUUCGUGAGCUGUAUGUUAGGAAGAAUGAGAUCCGGGAUUUAGCUGAGAUCAGGCAUUUGAGACGUCUUCCUGAUCUGACGAACCUCUGGCUGGAUGAGAACCCUUGUACGAGACAUUCAGAGUACAGAAUGACAGUACUUCGUAAUCUUCCGAAUCUGGAGAAGUUGGACAAUGUUCCCGUUAGACCUGAAGAGGUCCAAGAGGCGAUGAGACGCGGCAUUCAUAUACCAGAUUCUGAUGAUGAAGGGUAUCCUCAGCAACAAGAGCAAUACCGCCAGUACCGGACCGCGAGGUCGUGCGAGUCGAGCCCCGAGAGGGAACCCGAGUAUUAUCAACCGCAGAGCGCAAGGGAGCAGGGAAGCGAUGGUUCCGUCGAAGAAAGCUCUGAACCGAGAUCUCCGCUCGCGCCCACGUGCCCGGCAUCACCACGCCGUGUCGCCUCGCCCGAAGACGAGAGGUACGACCACCCGGCGAUGACCACUUCCCAUUACGAGCCAAGAGCUGCGAGGUCUCCGGAGGCGGCAUCUCUGAGGCAUUCGGUGUCGGCGCACAGCGUCAAGGACUACGCGACGAGCAAUGGCGAAUGGAGACAGUACGGUGCGCCCGCGCAAGACUGUUACGAGCGGAGUGAUCGCAGCGAUACGCACUCUGUCCGGGAAUGGGAGAGGGGCGAAAGAGGCGAGAGGGGGGCCAAUCCGGGGGGCAGGGAGUACUCCUCCGCGGUUAUGACCGAGCGGAGGGGUUUCACCAGGCGACCCGUCGCCAGGAGUUCGAAUCUGCUGUCGGCUGUUCUUUGUUUGGUGAAGGAGCUGGACUACCCGAGCUUAGAGGUCGCGGAAAUGGCUGUCAGAUGUCGCAUGGAUGAGUUGGCGAAUAGCCAGUGA